CAUGUAGUAAAGAAUUUCGGCGGAUAUCAGCCAUACCUACGAGUUAACAAUAUAAGCAGGUCAUCAAUUGAGGCUCCCCGUUGUUUUAUUGAAAAUUACAUUUAUAUAAACAUUGAAUUGCUGAGAAGUGAAUAAUUAAUCAGUGAAGUAUACCUCUCAUUUUGUGGAGUUUAAUAAAUCUGGUGGCUGAUACAGUGUCUUGCGUUCAACAAAUAUUUGAUUUGGUUUGACUAAACUACGUUAAUUUUUAAAUUUGGUCCGUGGUUAUAUGUCUAGUAAAGUUGAAUCAUAAACAAAAAGGCAAUUUGGAGAGAUAUCAGUGAAUGACCCUAAGGUAAGCAUUGUAAGUGUGAUCGUUGAUAAAUCUUUCAACAGUUAUAUAAGUGUGUAGGUUUAUGGCAAUUCCCGCUAGUCUAAACUUCAAACUGUUGGUUCUCAGUGUAGGUAGUGGUCUCGACACUAGCCUAAAUAAACUUCAAAUUGUAGCUAGUUGUUGGUUCUCAGUGUAGGUAGUGGUCUUGAAAUACACGUCCUUUGUGACAGAUUCUCACUAGCCUAAACAAACUUCAAAUUGUUGGUUCUCAGUGUACAUAGUGGUCUUGAAAUACACGUACUUUUUGGUAAAUUCUCACUAGUCUAAACCUCAAAAUGUUGGUUCGUAAUGUAGGUAUAUAGUGGUCUUGAAAUACACGUCCUUUGUGGUAGAUUUUCACUAGUCUAAAUCUCAAAAUAUUGGUUCGUAAUGUAGGUAUAGUGGUUAUGAAAUAUACGUCCUUUGUGGUAGAUUAAUUUCCACUAGUCUAAACUUCAAACUGUGGUUCAAAUUUUCAUAUAAAAUGCGAAUUACAAAAUUGUGAAGUUUGGUUUAAUGCAAAUUUACUGAGAGGAAACAGAUCCAUAUUUUGACCUCCAAAAGUAACACUAUAGAGUACUCUCAACUUUCAGCACAUUUCUAACCCACCCUUGGCCUUUUCUUACGAAAGCACUUAUACUGAUCUGUUAAAUCUUUAAAACAAAUAUUUCAGGGAAAGCUCGAAGCAAGCUUAGUACAAAAUACCAGCACAGAACUCUUAGAAAUGUCACUUCUAAAUAUUUUAAAAUUAGCCAAACGGACUUCCGAAACAAUAAUCUUAUUAAAUAUAUUUCCUAUUCCUGUGCGCAAUCAUUAUCGUUUUCAUUAUUUUUCCGAUAUUUCUAGAAUAUUUUUGUAAUUUGAACUUUUCAUGGAUUAAUUGGGAUCUUAUCAGUCACAGCUGAGUCAUUUGACCGAGUCACUCUCUUCCGCAAAUUAGGCUUAGUCGGCGUGUUUAAAAUAGUACAUAACUUGCCAUCGUGUUUAACGUCUUUGUGGAGGAGAGCGUGACGGAUUAUAUCAGAUAUGAAAACGCAUUAUACGCGUUGUACAAAUGUACAUAGCCUACAUACUCGCUUCCUUGUUAUUUUAUAUCAAUCACGCUCGUAACUUUAGCGCGUAUAUUAUGGAGAGUUGUAGAAAAAAUAUGUCAGUUAAAUUAGCAUAUUUGACCCAUUGAGUAGCAGCACUUUCUCUUCAACAAGUAAAAUCGUCUGGCGUUGGACAUGAAAUAGUACAGUGGCAGUGCGCCCUGACGUGCCCUGCUUUAUUAAAUUAGCAUAAACUGCACGAUCAUGGAGCGGUUUGGUACUGAUCCUUCAAAAGAUUAACUGAAUCAUCAUAAUGUAUUUCGAGUGAAGAACCUUCACCUUUUUAGAUAAAAACCACGCCAGUUUAUUGUUUCGAUAUUGUUGUAUACUGUACUAGACCUCCGCGCAAUUUAAGACGACUAGAUCGCACUAAUUUUGCCAGACAACUUUAGAAAUACGACCUAUAGUUACAUUUGUACUCUUAGAAAGAAGCAUCUUGUAUUUUUCAGCCCUUUCGCUUUAUUCCUCCGUGUACAAGUUAAAGUAGCCCAGUGUAGUUUAUGAUUGGGGACAGGACGCUCAAUAUUGAGUCAACAGACACUCAACAGAUACUUCAGAUCGAAUAUUCCUAUGUAAACAAUUAACAUUCUUCGCAUGUUUUAAUGACUCGCGUGUUUACAUGCACGGAUUAAAUUAUGACCUCUUAAUGUGAAGUUAUACCGCGCCAAUAUCGAGACAAAUUUUAGGCAAAUAUCACACAUCAGUAGGUUUAAGAGAUAACGAAAAUGCCGUGCAAUAUAAUUUGCCUUCAAAUGACGCAUUUCUAUCUAAUUGAAAAAAUACAAAAAAUAAUUAGGACCACAUGCGACUACAAAUAGAAAAAAUAGUCACGAUCUUUCUCAACGGCCAGUUUAUAGUUUAUACCUGCAAACCACAUAUAAAUCAUAAAUAUUCUCGAGUUAUAAUUCAUAAGUAUUCUUGCGUAUUUUCAGUUCUAAAAUGUUGUAUUUCGGCUGAUGAGAAAGAUCGUGACUCAAUCUUUGCGACAGUUAUGAUUAUAUGGAAACCAGGCUCUAAGAAGACCGAACUAAAUUGAACAUCUUUUUUGCCUUUCAAAACUGAAAGAGAACGCACGUUUUCUUAUAAUAUAACAUGUGCUUAUAAACUUGUGUUUUCAUUAUUUGAUAAGUGGUUUUAAUCAUUUUGCUUCCCAUUAUUAUAUAACGUUUGCGAUAAGAUCUUAAUUAGUAAAAAAGCAGCUGAAAUUGGUAAACUACAGUAUAAAACGAGGAAAAGUAUAGCAUACCCUUGCAAUUGCUCAGAAAUGGAGCUGUUAACGGACGAUUGACUGUUCUCACGCCUUGUUCAGACGUGCUGAUAAUUGAUAAACCUCAAAAAAAACGCAAACUGACAGCAAUUUAGUGUUUGUGUAUCUAGCAAUUCAAAAAUCCUUGACUCUCGGUUGCCGCCUUGUGAAUAAUUUGAAGGUAUCUCAUUCCUAAUUUUAACUCGUGAUAAUAAAUUACUUUUAACUUUAAUAAUUCUUUCGACGCGCUAAACAAUGGAUCUAUAGACAUUAUUUUGUAUUUUUAUCUCGAACUGACUCUUGGCAAACCCAAAACAAACUAUUUGUGUUAUAGGAACAUUUUCUGCCAGCUUGGCUUAAAUUAAAGAUGUCUUUCACCUUUGUUUGGUGUUUGACAGCGAUUCUUGCGACUCCAGUUUUGGCAGUGGGGGAGAACAGGUCCCAGUCCGGUAAGUACUCAAUGUUUUGCUCAGUACUUAGCUAAACUGACUUUAUUUUUACUGGAUAGCUCUAUCAGUUCGAAACUGUUCUCCCUAUGGACGUCCAGUAAGGAUCAUCAUCAUUGUUAAUCCAGUGUUACUACAGGAGGAAACCUAAACUUAUUAACUAAUUUCAUUUAUACUGGAUGAUAGCUUUGUCAGUUCUAAACUGUUCUCCCAGAGUUACAGCAAGAGUUCAUCUCUUACUGAUCCAGCAUUAAUAAAGGAGGAAACCUAAAUAGCUAUCUGGAAAGCUCUGACUAUUAGUUCGAUAUGGUCGGUUAUUGCACGAGGAAACCCAGGAUGUUUGCCAGCUUAUUGAAAAUACCUAUACUGGACCCUCAUCUUCUCAGAGAGUUCAAACGCAAACCAAGGCAGCUUAUCAGUUGUUCAUUACUAUAAUAUGUACACUGGACCCUCCACGUUUGAGAUAUGAUAACUCUUCCAUAUUUAUUUAAGAUGGAUUAUACAGCACAAUUCAACAAGAAAAACAGUCGAUGAUGAUGUGGGUCCAUGGUGUUGUGGCAGAACAAAAAUCCUGCGGCAAUUUAUGUGGAGAAAGUUUAUAUAAACGAGAUAUAGCCGAAUGUCAUUGCGACGAACAAUGUGUGGAGUUUGGUGACUGCUGUCUGGACUACUGGGAAAGGUAGGGUAUUGAUGGAUUUUAGUGGACAUAUGGUAGCACUGCGUUUGACCCUAUACCAAACAUUGCAGGUCUUCUUCGGGUACUUUGGUCACAAAUAAAAGGUGGUCGUCACUGGACCUCUAGGAAGAAAGGUUUAGAAUUGACAAACUAGAACUAUACAGACUAAACUAGUCCUGCAGUAACACUGAAUCCAGCGUCAUAGCUAGAAGAUGGCUCUUUCUAGAAUAAGAAAUGACCUCAAAAUUGAACAGUUUAGAACUGAUAGAGCUAUUAGAAAUAAAGUUAGUUAGUUAGUUUAGGUUUCUUGCUGUUGUAACACUGGAUCAAUAAGAGAUGAUCCUUACUGAACCUCUAGGAAGAACAGUUUAGAACUGAUAGAGUUGUGCAGUAUAAAUAAAGUUAGUUUAGUUUAGGUUUCCUCCUGUAGUAAUACUGGAUCAAUAAGAGAUGAUCCUUACUGGACCUCUAGGAAGAACAGUUUAGAACUGAUAGAACUAUCCAGUAUAAAUAAAGUUAGUUUAGUUUAGGUUUCCUCCUGUAGUAACACUGGAUCAAUAAGAGAUGAUCCUUACUGGACCUCUAGGGAGAACAGUUUGGAACUAGAGCUAUCCAGUAUAAAUAAAGUAAGUUUAGUUUAGGUUUCCUCCUGUAGUAACACUGGAUCAAUAAGAGAUGAUCCUUACUGGACCUCUAGGGAGAACAGUUUGGAACUGGAGGUAGAGCUAUCCAGUAUAAAUAAAGUAAGUUGUUUAAUUUAGAUUUAUCAUUUUACCUUUUCCGCAGGUGUAAUGCUUCGUUUACCAAAACUUAUAAACAAGAACGAAUCUUUGAAUGUGUCCGGCGAAAACUCCGCCUUUCUACCAACUGGACAGGACAGGCCGAAAACCGAAGAGAUCUUGGUUACGAAAACGUGAUAAAAUGCCCAGAAACGUUUCAAAACUUGAGAUUAAAAAACGCUUGUGAGACACCUGAACAAGAUAACGAAAACGUCCUCCCCUUUGUGCAAGGAAGAGACGGAAGAACUUAUAGAAAUCAAUUUUGUGCGGAGUGUAAUGGGGUUUCCGAAUUUGAACGGUGGAAUACAACACUAAGCUGCAGCUCCAAUGAAACAACAAUGUUUAUUAAAAGAAGAGUCAUGAGCAACAACUACAAGUUUACAAAUGAAGAAAGGCAACUAAUUCGGGAAACGUGUGAGAUUGAAUUGGCUCCACCGUUUGGAGCCACGGGAACAUUGUGUAGGAUGGUGACAGAAUGUGAGAAUAAUAAAAGUACGGAUUACUGGCCAUGCAAACUGUAUAAGCAGCAACUCUACAGUGUUAUGCACCCAUUUGAGGUUUAUAAGAAUCCACACUGCGCUAGAUGUAGUGGUGCACACCUAUUUCUGCUUCAGGAUGUCGACGUCUUCUCUACACCCGGCCAAGAGGGGAAAUCUAGUUUAGGUAUUUUAUUUGACUUUACAAAAAGCUCCCAGAUUUAUGGGUUGAAAGAAGUCACAACUCAACAUACAUGUAAACCUGGCGAAUUAUACGACUAUCAGCUUAAAGCUUGUAGGCAAAGGCGAAUUUUAAAGAACCCAGUAUCCCACAACUGGACUUGUGCAUAUUCCAAUGAAACAUUCGCAAAUUCCUCCGAACAUAUUAUAAUUCAUAACAACCAAUCUAUAUAUGUGGCAGCUCACCAGAAAAUGUACAAACCAGGCGAAUAUCUGUGGCAUCUUGGCAACAUUACUGUAUGUGGUAAUCUGACUGUGAGCUAUUUUAAAUCCACAAUGGAAAAGCUGAGAAAUUUGUACACAAAGGCGGAGUUUUAUAUUACUGUUAUUGGGUUAUCGCUAUCAAUACUGGCUCUUUUGGCUGUGAUCUUUACCUAUUUUCUAUUCUCUGAGCUACGAAGCAAAUUGCCAGGGAAGAUUGUGAUUAAUUUAGCCAUAGCUCUCAUGCUGGCACAGUUGGUAUUCUUGUUUGAUAUGUUUGAGGACGUAGAAGGGGAGGGGUGCGUAGCUAUUGCGGUGUUAUUGCAGUUUUUAUACCUGGCUGCCUUUUGCUGGAUGAACGUGAUGGCUUUUGACGUCUCCAGAACUUUUGCUGGAAAAAGUAAGUAGAAAAAUUAUAGAAAAGAAAUGCCGGUGGCAUAAUUUGAGCACUCCAUUUUUCUCGUGGAAUAGUUUAGAUCUGAUAGAGCUAUCCAGUAUAAAUAAAGUUAGUUUAGUUUAGGUUUCCUCCUGUAAUAAACACUGGACCGAAUAAGAGAUGAUUCUUACUGGACCUCUAGGGAGAACAGUUUAGAACUGAUAGAACUGUCCAGUAUAAAUAAAGUUAGUUCAGUUUAGGUUUCCUCCUGUAAUGAACACUGGACCAACUGUUUUGGAAUUGAUAGACUAGAUCUAUACAGUAUAAAUAAAAUUAGUAAAACAACAUACGCGGGUUGAGACUCUUGCGGUUGUGGUUAAGGAAUAAGAGAUGAUUCUUACUGGACCUCUAGGGAGAACAGUUUAGAACUGAUAGAACUGUCCAGUAUAAAUAAAGUUAGUUCAGUUUAGGUUUCCUCCUGUAAUGAACACUGGACCAACUGUUUUGGAAUUGAUAGACUAGAUCUAUACAGUAUAAAUAAAAUUAGUAAAACAACAUACGCGGGUUGAGACUCUUGCGGUUGUGGUUAAGGUGGAGCGUGCAAACUGCGGUUGACGUGCGUGCGAUUGUGAUCUUUCAAAAUGUUUUUAUCAUAAUUCCAGGUCACCGCUCGCCUUCAGGCUCACGUAACAAAGUAUUUAUAUUGUGUCUAUUCUAUGCCUGGGGACUACCAUUGGUCAUAACUGGAUUGACGCUGAUUGUGAACCACACUGGAGCUAUGAAUGUUGCUUAUGGUAAGUGGAAGCAAAAUCACUCUGCACCAGCUCGUGCAGCAGAUGAUGGACAACAGACAGUUAUCAGUCAUUCCUUCCUACGCACGUAAAAUAUCACAACUUGUCAACAAGAUGUGUUCGCAACAGGCUUGUAGCAAGCUUGUCAACAAAUUAUAACGAUGCUGUUAUUUUAUCAAGUUGCUACAAGAUUGUCACUCACAACUUGUUGACAAGCUGUUGAAUUACACUACAGGGCGAUAACAAGUUGUUGGAACAACUUGUAACAAAUCUGUUGAGCUCAACAACCUUGUAGCAAGUUGUCAACAAGCCAUUGACAAUUUGUCAACAAGCUGGGAGCGGCUAAAACUGUCGCAUGCAACCUGCUUACAACUUGAGUUGUACUGUGUAAAUCAAGCACACAGCUCCCCUAUGUUGUCGUAGAUGUGUUGUGUGUUUGAUUUACACAGUACAACUCAAGUUGUAAGCAGGUGCAUGCGACAGUUUUAGGCAAAAGUUGUGUAGUGUCGUAGGUGAGUUGUGUGCUUGAUUUACACAGUACAACUCAAGUUGUAAGCAGGUUACAUGCGACAGUUUUAGGCAAAAGUUGUGUAGUGUCGUAGGUGAGUUGUGUGCUUAAUUUACACAGUACAACUCAAGUUGUAAGCAGGUUACAUGCGACAGUUUUAGGCAAAAGUUGUGUAGUGUCGUAGGUGAGUUGUGUGCUUGAUUUACACAGUACAACUCAAGUUGUAAGCAGGUUACAUGCGACAGUUUUAGGCAAAAGUUGUGUAGUGUCGUAGGUGAGUUGUGUGCUUGAUUUACACAGUACAACUCAAGUUGUAAGCAGGUUGCAUGCGACAGUUUUAGGCGAAAGUUGUGUAGUGUAAAUUGGCUAACCAUUUGUGUGCUUGAUUUACACAGUACAACUCAAGUUGUAAGCAGGUUGCAUGCGACAGUUUUAGGCGAAAGUUGUGUAGUGUAAAUUGGCCUUAACCAAUUUUUUACUAUAUUGUCUUUUCUUUCUUAGGAAACAACUAUUACUGUUGGAUUACAAACCCUGUGGCUUUGGUCAUAUUCUUUGUGGUUCCUGUCGUAGUAAUGUUGCUGUUUAAUAUCAUUGCCUUAGUGCGAGUCCUGGUCGCAGUACGAGGAGUUAGAAAGGUCAGCAACUCAAGCUUCAAAGAUAUUUUGACUCUCGCAUAUCUCUCGUUUGAUCAAGUGAUAAUACAGUCCAAACCUAUUAAAUUGAAUGCAAUGAAAGUUGAGAAACUCUGAUGAAAACUCUCAUGAAAUCUCUCGCUUGUCAACUCGAUCUCUUGCAUGUUCUCGUUUGAUGAGGAAAUGAAGUUGAGAAACUCUUAUGUAGACUUUCGCUUACCAAUUCUCUCUGUGACAAGCUGUUAACAACUUGUAAACAUUAAGACUGAUGGCAUUAUCAGACUUGUUACAAGGUUGUUCUAACUAGUCUGAUACAAUUAUACAUGUACAAGAAUGUUACAAGUUGACGACACUGAAGGUUGUAACAAUAUUAUUACAUCAUGACUAAAUCGGACUUGUUGGAACAACCUUGCAACAAGUCUGAUAAGAUCAACAAAGUUGUUUCAAGUUGUUAACAUCGUGUUCCAAACUUGUUGACAACUUGGGACAAGCAGUGCGAACACAACUUGUUGACGGGACAAAUGUGAGAUUUUUUGCAGCGUAGUAAUAUCCCUUUGUGAUCUGUGAUAUUUUUGCGUGAUGACAUAAACUCACGAAUCUUCUAUGAUGAUUUAUUCCAGGUCACGAAAAAAGUGCGAGAUAAGUCAACCGCAGGACAAGACGCGCGAAUGUGUUGGAAAUUGACAGCUGUGUUUGGUCUGACGUGGAUUUUGUGCGUGGCUGCAGAACACCACAUUGCGCUGAGGAUUAUCUUUAUCAUUUUCAAUUCAUUGCAAGGUAAUGGAACAUUAGCUUGAUUCAAGGCAUUUUUUAUUACCAUGGACUGGUGGGUCAUUUGCCUCACUGGGCCCCUUCCUCUGCCCCACCACUGAAGAGAAAAAAUGGCCUAUUGCUCCAAAGCCAGAUUGAGUAAAUGAGUUUAACAUUGAAAAGAAGUUUAAAAAACAAACUUUGUUGGUGAGCAUACUUAAAUAUAUGUUGUGUUUGAAUGUUUGGCAUGUAAUUUAGUAUAAAUUUCACCAUUAAAACUUCGUUCUGAGAAGCUGAGAUUUUUUAAAAUGUGUUCUCAGAAUGCAGGAAAUGCCAUUUCAAGUCCCGUUUACACUACGCUCAAUUUUUGGUACCGUACCACAUUUUUGGUUCUUGGACUACCUAAAUAGGUAGUCCAAGAACCUAAAUAGGUAGUCCAAGAACCAAAAAAGUGGUACGGGUACCAAUUUUAUCCGUAUCUAUAUACGACAAUGAUUUUAUACCUGAUAUCUUCUUAUACAUCUUAAGUUCGUCCAUUCUACUGGGCCCAUGAACUUUUGCGCUUUUACACAUUUCCACACAAAAAACGCUGUAAUGAAAGAUUGGACAUGCAAGUAACUAGAACAAUUUAAUUUACUAUCAAGCUGUAAAACUAAACAACACACCCACUUGUAUAUACCCGAGUCUACCUAAGCUUACCAACGGUAUAAUGGCAGCUCAAUUGGCAGGCCGUCGGGCCAUUAAAACCACGCAAAAUCCCACAUUCUGACUACUGCUUGACCGUGUGAUACGUCAUCGUGGCUAUAGCCUGGUUUUCGUGACUCAGACGUUGUGGUACGACGUCAGGACGACGGCUAAACAAACUGCUUGAAAUAAAUGAUUGUAUAGAAAUCCUGUCUUGUAUCAACCAUGCAUAACCUAUCGAAGGGAAGAUGGGUGUGAAACUCAUUAGAAUAACAAUAUAACUCAUUAUCUAUGUUAGUCAACGUUUAUAAAUCUGGUUCUUUCACCGUCACGUGUGUAUUGUAUUUUUACCAAAUCCACCAAUAGCAAUUUCCAAUUUCCCUAUUGUUCGAGUCACGGAUAUAGGUGACUUUCCUAAAACAUUGCUAUUGGUUAGUUAUACACGCCCCUCAUGAAAAGCAGCCGUAUAGCUGAUGAGGAUAGCGUCUCUAAAGAAAUUAAAUACAUACAUACAUACACAAAAGUACAAUACACACGUGACGGUGAAGGACCAGAUUUAUGAAUAAACGUUGACCAACAUAGAUAAUGAUUUAUAUUAUUAUUCUAAUGAGUUUCACAGCCAUCUCCAUUCUCCCCUUCGAUAGGCUACGAGAGAACGAAAUUUGAAUUUCAAAUUUUUCACAAGUCGCGUCGCUUAAAGUGCACCUGACCUCAGUUAUAUUUAUCAUCUCAUUCUUAAGAACCUUUGAAAUAAUAUAAUGACUUAUUUUGAAGAUUUUCGUUUGCUCACUUUGUUUCUGAGAUAUUUCAGUUUGUAAUUGGUAUGCAAAUAUCCGGAAUUUACGUCACAAAUGCAUAAUAAUUUAAAGUGAAAGCUUGUAUAUCGUAUUCACUAUCCAGUUUAAUUCAUUAAAAUGAAGUUUGGACUUGUGGGAGGAUUAAAUAUACUUAUGCAGAACACCAUUUAGCUUUUUUAUUUCAUCAUAUUUAACUGUACCUUACAUUCUUUGAUCAGUCAUUAUUCAUAUGUGACGUAAAUUCCGGACAUUUACACAUCAAUAAAACUGAAAUAACUCAGAGACAAAGUGAGCAAACGAAAAUCUUCAAAAUAAGUCAUUAUAUUAUUUCAAAGGUUCUUAAGAAUGGGAAGAUAAAAAUAAUUGAGGUCAGGUGCACUUUAAAACUAUAGACCAAACAGUAUUAAUAGUCUACAAACUUUCUUUACAAUCGUCUAUUUGAAUGAUUUUAUUCUGGCCGUCGAUCGACGUCGCGCUGCCGUCCUUCAUCGUAGAGUCUCCGUUAUAGAGACCUGACGAUUAUAGGACAGCAACGCGACGACGGCGGCCAAAACAAACUCCUUCAAAUAAAUGGUAGUAAAGAUAAUUCGUGCUAUAUUAUCAAUCGUAUGAAUUUAAUACAGUCUUAGAAGUUGAAGACAUGAGUUUUAUGUUUGAAGUUGCAUUUGUUGUGGCUUGGAAUGCAGCCGUUGUAUCAAGACGUGAAAAAUAUGUGAUUUAGCGUUGUAAACAGAGCGAGGACAAUGUCUAAAUUAUUCAUAUAUUGUAGUUAUUCAAUUCUUUUCAAUGAUUUAUUGUAUUGGUAGCAGUUGCCUUCCUAAAUCAUAAGGUCUCUAAUGUCACAAAUACGAAAACGAGGCUCUAAAGACUACAACUUAAUUCCUAUUUCUUUUUCUCUCCAAGGUGUGUUUAUAAUGAUUGGUUUUAUAAUGACAAAACGAGUAUUAAACAUGUACUUGAAGAAGGCAGGCAGAAAGCCACUCAGCACCACAGCUACAGGAUCAACACAGAAAUCUACCUUAUCACGCUCUGAAGUUACCCGAAAGACAAGCUCGGCUCCGUUAGUAGAUCGGAAACCUCUCGAGAAACGCCGCGACUCACCGGAACAAGCCGUAAAAGUAGUGAACGAUGAAGAUUCGCCAGAGGCUGAGCUCAUUUCUUCUAUGGAAGGGCCUGAGACUAAACUGUGAGAUCUCAAGGUUAAUAAGAUAACUCAAGCAUCUAGUCAAGUGCUUUGAUUUUUAACUUUCUUUUAACGAUCCAUUGUAAUGACAAUGCGAGUUUUACUACUGCACAGUUCAGAUAGCUACUGUAUAAGUGAGGCAGUACAACAUAGGGUGUAGUCAUCAGUCUUACAAAAGGACAGUUAUAUGGGAUGAUAUAUUUAACAUAAUUUGCUUGUUCUCAUAAGUAUCAAAAUAUUUAAAAUUGUCCAUGUAUGUAGCACCAUAUAAAAUUCUUACCGAAAUACCGGCUGUGGAUCGAUUUACAUUACGAAAACUAAAUCCGGUUCCCUUGCUUGAACUAACCACGAAUUUAAUUCCUAUGCUUUGAAAAGGGCUCAAAACUAACCCGCGACUAACCAAGGUUAGUUUUCGUAGUGUAUAAAUCGUGCUGUUGUAAAUUAUGCAAACAGUUACAAUGAAAUUCAGGAACAAGGAUGAAACAUAAAUCUGUACAUGAAAAAUAUUCUUGUAAUGAGCUAGUUUAAUUGUAGCCACGCUUAUAGCAUUUACAUGCAUCUGUAAAUAAGAUUCUAGUAUGGUCUAAUUUUUCAUCGUAAAAUUAAAC